AUUUUUUGGAAAACAAUGCCCAUAAGUGAUUUUUCUUUCAGUGACCCUGAGGAGCAGGAGAAGGAAGAAGCAGCUAAGGCUGAGGCUGCCAAGGCUGAGGCCGAAGCUGCAAAGGUUGAAGCCCAAGCCCCUGAAACCUGGGUAGGGGAUGUUCCUGAAGCUGAUGCUCCUGCUGCUGCACCAGCUGCAGCUGUUGGUGCACCUGUGGCUGGGGUGCCACCUGCUGCAGGGGCUCCUGCAGUUGCUGUGGCUGCUACUGCAGCGACUACUGCUGCUGCUGCUGCUACACCUGCAGCUCCUGUUGAUGAUUGGGGCCAGACAGGCGAUGACUGGGCUUCACCUGCCACAGGAACUACUGAGGAAUGGGGUGGCGCUGGAGAUAGUGCCAACUGGUAAAUUCCAAUAAAUUUAGCCCACAAAGA